AUGGCCGAAACGCAAACCGGAAAGCGCGUGAAGUACCUUCAAAGCGACAAUGGGGGUGAAUACAAGUCCGACAAGCUGGCACGAUUCUGCGCGGAACGGGGAAUACAACAAAGGUUCACACCCCCAUAUACUCCUCAGCUAAACGGAGUAGCUGAGAGAAUGAAUCGCACGCUGGUCGAGUGUGCGCGUUGCAUGAUGGAACACGCUGGACUGGGAAAGAGCUACUGGGGUGAAGCAGUGAUGACGGCGAUGUUUCUUCGAAACCGCUGUCCAACACGUGCCAUUCACCAAGACAAGUCUCCAUAUCAAGUGUGGACGAUGAAGAAACCGAUUCUGGCCAACCUUAAAGUGUUUGGAUGCCACGCGUAUGUUCAAGUGCCUCAAGACAAACGCGCGAAGUUCGACUCCAAGUCAUCACUCUGUCGUUUCCUGGGAUACGCCGAACACCAGAAGUCAUAUCGAUUUGAGGAAGUGUCAACAGGAGCGAUCAAGAUCAGUCGCGAUGCCACAUUCAUGGAAGACAAGUUUGAUGAAGGUCCGCGCAACUACAACGAUGAGUCAAGUGUCGUUGAGUUUGAUGAUCAUGAUGAGGACGAAGAAAAAGAAGAAGGUAAAACUGACGACGACAUGGACUCGAGCGACGAUGACAACGAAGACACCAGGUCUUCGAAGAGCAACAUCAAGAGACACACGCGCACUCAAUCACUUGAGAAAGCUACCGUCAUUCCAAGUCCCAAGCGAAGAACAUACAGAGGUCCGUCGCUUGAGCAUGUGUCAGCGGCUGCAAUGGAUUUUGAAGCAGCCUACAUCGUUGAUUCAGUGGGGGAAACGCCGACUACAUUCAAGUCGGCGAUGGAAUCAAGCGACUCCGGCAAGUGGAAAGAAGCGUGUGACUCGGAGUUCGAUUCGCUUUAG